AUGAGGCAGUGCCAGAUCAAGGUGGGCCAGGCGGCGGAGGCAGCACUGUGUCGCUCUGGGAAUUUGAGCCCCAUAGGCAGCGCUGAGUUGUCCUCCGAGCCGGGUGGCCGAUGCAGCACUGGAUUGGCCUCUCAGUCAGGUGAUGGAGAUGGUACUGGUUCCUUUCUGUGGACCCGGCUGAUGAGGCAGCACCGGAUCAUAUUUAACCUUAGAGGAUUACGCUUUGCACAGACCAUGACGUUUGCAAUUGAUGAAAUCAACAAAAACAACUACUUGCUCCCAAAUAUCUUAAUUGGUUACAAGAUUUAUGACAAUUGUGGCUCAGGAUUGUUAAGUAUGAGAGCAGCCAUGGCUUUGAUGAAUGGUGUGGACGUUACAGCAGCUGCUGCCUGCUCUGGACAAGCAGUUGUAAAAGCCAUUAUAGGGGAAGCACAGUCUACUCCCACUAUAGCACUCACAAAAACUACAGGACCAUUUAGGAUCCCAGUGAUUAGUCAUGGUGCCACAUGUGAAUGUUUAAGCAACAGAAAAGAGUAUCACUCCUUCUUCAGGACCAUAGCAAGUGACUACUAUCAAAGUAGAGCACUGGCAUAUUUGGUCAAGCACUUUGGGUGGUCUUGGGUAGGAGCUGUGAAUAGUAAUAAUGACUAUGGCAACAAUGGAAUGGCCAUUUUUUUAAAUGCAGCCAAAGAGGAGGGAAUAUGUGUUGAGUACUCUGAGAAAUUUGAUGGGUCAGAUACUGCAAAAAUUAUGAAAGUGGCCAAUAUUAUUAAAAGAGGCACAGCAAGAGUAAUUAUUGUAUUUCUUGCCCACUUUGACAUGAACAUUCUAAUAGACCAGCUUAUUCAAAUGAAUGUCACUGGCUACCAGAUGAUUGGUGUUGAAGCAUGGAUUACUGCUGUCAAUCUAGUAACCCCAGCAAGUUACAACAUAUUGGCUGGAUCCAUUGGUUUUGAUGUGGGGAAAUUGAACAUUAAUAGUUUUGCUGACUAUGUUGUAAAUGAAUUUUGGGAAACAGCAGUCCCUUGCUUGCAAAUGAAGGAAAACAUUUCUCAAACGGAAGAAAAUUGUGAUAAUUAUAAACAUAUGAUCCCUUUUAAGAACUACAAUGAUGAUAUAUCAGAAUUGAGAUAUGCAAAGAACAUUUACAAUGCAGUUUAUGCUGUUGCCCAUUCUCUACACAGACUGUUGAGAUGCAAAGAAAACCAAAAUUGUGAGAAAAAAGAAACAAUACAACCAUGGCAGGUUAUUGAAGAUCUACAAAAGGUAAAUUUUACAACAAAAUUAAAAGAACAAGUGUGGUUUGACAAUACCGGGGCAGUGGCUGCAAAAUACGAUGUGGUAAACUGGCAACGAGGGAUCAAUGGAGAAGUGCAAUUUAAAGCUGUGGGGUAUUAUGAUGCCUCUUUACCAAGUGGGAAACAGUUUGUCCUAAACACUGAAGACAUAGUGUGGGCUGGAGAGAAGAGAGAGCCAAGGUCUGUGUGCAGUGAGAGCUGUCCUCCAGGAACCAGGAAAGCUGCGCAGAAAGGAAGGCCUGUCUGCUGCUAUGACUGUAUACCAUGUGCAGAGGGAGAGAUCAGUAACCAGACAGAUUCCAAUAACUGUGAGCAGUGUCCAGGAGAAUAUUGGUCUAAUGCUGGUAGAGAUAAAUGUGUGUUAAAGGUCAUAGAGUUUCUUUCAAUGACAGAGGUUAUGGGAAUAAUGCUAGUGUUUUUUUCUUUGUUUGGAGCUGUUCUAACUGUGUUAGUAGCUGUUUUAUUUCUAAUAGAAAAAGACACUGCCAUUGUUAAGGCCAACAACUCAGAGCUGAGCUUCCUGCUCCUGUUCUCCCUGACUCUGUGCUUCCUCUGUUCACUUACUUUCAUUGGUCGGCCUUCCGAGUGGUCCUGUAUGCUGCGCCACACAACGUUUGGGAUCACAUUUGUCCUCUGUAUCUCCUGUAUUUUGGGAAAAACAGUAGUUGUGCUAAUGGCCUUCAGGGCUACAAUUCCAGGCAGUAAUGUCAUUAAAUGGUUUGGGCCUCUACAGCAGAGAUUUACUGUUCUUACUUUCACUUGUAUACAGGCCCUUAUUUGUGUGCUGUGGUUAACAGUUUCUCCUCCUUUCUCAUACAAGAACAUGAACUACUACAAGGAAAAAAUCAUACUGGAAUGUAACUUGGGCUCAGCUAUAGGUUUUUGGGCUGUGCUGGGGUACAUAGGGGUUCUGGCUUUCUUGUGCUUUAUUUUGGCUUUUCUAGCUAGAAAGCUGCCAGAUAAUUUUAAUGAAGCUAAAUGUAUCACAUUUAGCAUACUUAUAUUUUGUGCUGUGUGGAUCACCUUUAUCCCUGCUUAUAUCAGCUCUCCUGGAAAAUUUACUGUAGCUAUAGAGAUAUUUGCUAUUUUAGCUUCCAGUUUUGCUUUACUAUUCUGUAUAUUUACACCUAAAUGUUAUAUUAUUUUGUUUAAACCUAAACUAAACACAAAGAGAAAUGUCAUGGGUAAGAUGUCAUCUAAAUCACUUUAUUAA